AUGUCCGCAACCGUCCACUUGGACCGCCCGCACAAGCACUUCACCAAUCUCGACUUCCUCACGGGAAAGGUGGUGCUGCAGUUACCAUCCGAGGCUGCGAUAGGCGGUAUCCAAGUAAAACUAGAGGGGGAGAGCCGGACUCGCCUGUCAGGGCCGCGAUACCCGCAUCAUGAACCGUCCGAUAAAAAGCGCACGGAGAUUGAAGUCCAUAAGAUCCUAUACAAAGUGGUGACCGUCUUCCCAAGCCCUGGCGUCUUCAAUGCGAGUGCUCCGGACAAAGCCUAUACGUUUGCUCGCGGAACCUACGAGUAUCCUUUUCAGUUCAAGUUCCCGUUCAAUAAUGACUGCAGCUCGCAUAAUAGCAUGUUCACCAACCUGAACAUCACAGGGCUCAGGGUGGAAAUGGCCAAGGAUACAACCCGCCAUAUCAAGAAGACGCUUCCUCCGUCCUUGAGUGGCUUCCCGGGCAUGGCAGAUAUCAAAUACUACGUGAAAGCAACGGUGAUCCGGCCGCAAUUCUACAAAGAGAAUAUUAGAGCGAUCAGUGGUCUCAACUUCCUCCCCAUCGAACCGCCCAGAACGGGUAAACCGAACGAAGAAACCUACGCAAGACGACAGCAUCAAUUCAUGAAUCAUCCGACUGCAGGCAAGAAAAGGGGCCUUUUCCAGAAGAUGUCUAGCAAUAGUUCCCUUCGCGAGACCACGGGCUGCUCUCCUCGCGUAUCCGCAGACUUACGGCUGCCCAACCCGUCGAUCCUCACGUGCAACGAACCCAUACCGAUGCGAGUCCUGAUCAAGAAGUUGUCGGAGUCGUAUGAGACCAUCUUCUUGCAGAUGUUGCAGGUUGAACUGAUUUCUUAUACGAGCAUUGUGGCCCAUGAUCUGAGACGCACCGAAAGCGGCACCUGGGUCAUCUUAAGCCUCAGUAAUAUGGGGGUUCCUCUGGGACGAGGAGGAGACCCCGCGGAUACGGAAUGGACGCUAGAUGCCGAUUUGUGGAAUCGCAACGCUUUACCCAGCUCGGUGGCGCCAUCUUUCGAGACCUGUAACGUCUCGCGGACUUAUGAGCUCGAAGUCCGGGUGGGCCUGACCCAUGGCAGUGUUGGGAACAUGAAGCCGCAGCUCAUCGUUCUCCCACUCCGAAUGCCCGUCAAAGUAUUUUCUGGCAUCGCUCCUCCCAAGGCACUCUUGGAUGCCAUGGCUGCAAACGGGCAGGUCAAGCCGACAGUUCCUGCGUCGAACCCCACCUCGCCUGUGGGUGACAGCAUUCGUCCCCCGAUGCCCCCUCGGCCUUCCAGGCCCCCGAUGCCCGCUAACCCGGAGGACGGUUACGACGAUGCGCCCCCGAGCUACGAAGAUGCGAUGGCUGAAACUCUCAGUCCUGUUGAUGGCCCCCGUCGAGAGUAUAACCCACCAGAUGCCUCCUCCGAUAGAUCUGUUGAACCUGGGGCUGAUCCGAGAUCUCCAGUUGGAAAGGAACCUGAGGCGUCAUGGCCCUACGGCAAUCAGGACGCGAUGUCAUCUUCGGAGACUCUCGAUAUGCUCCCGGAAACACCCCCGGAAUCCCGGUCUGGCUCGCCUCCGAUGUCCCCUGUUGCUCGUCAACAGAGCGUGCUCAAAAUCCACAAACCACCUCUUCCCCUGGAGGACAACCCUCCGGAAUAUCAACCCAUCGCAGAAGGCCCGCCCCAGCCCUCCCAGAACCAGGUUAACCGCACACCCUCUCAGCCAGGCGUCCGACCCAUGAAUCUGGGAGUCCCUAACCGGAAACCGGUUCCCCGAAGCCCA